CAGACAAAGCUCCUGUUAAUUCUCCCUCACUGUUAGAAGCUUCUACUAAUGAUGAGGCAGACCUUAGAGCAUCCCCCAAGGGAACAAAUAGGGCGCUUGCAAUGUUUGAGUCUAAAUGCCUGCGAUGUAUGAAUGGACUCCAACUACUAGAUGAUGCGCUGAAAAAUAAACGAUUUCUUCCUACCGGGUGUGGAGGAAUAGAUAUACUUCUUGGUGGAGGAUUGCGUGAGGGCCAGUUGACUGAAAUUGCUGGUCCUUCUUCAUCCGGAAAAACACAGAUUUGCCUGUAUAUUGCUUCGCAUGUUGCCUUCAGGCUUUGUGGUUCCAUUGUUUUCUUGGAUUCAUCUAACUCCUUUUCUCCAACUCGCAUUGCUUCCAUUGUAAAUCAAAUUUGCAGGCCUGCGGACAAAGAGGUCCAUGACAGAAGGAUUAAGAUGAUCAUGAGCUGUAUACACUGUCAAUCCGUUUUUGACAUAUUUUCCCUGCGGGAUGCGUUGCAUGAGCUUGAGAGCACAUUAAACAAGCAGACAAUAUACAAUGGUGGAAAGAUAUGUAUGUUAAUAAUUGACUCAAUUUCAUCUCUCAUAACACCUAUCCUUGGAGGCAAAGAUUCUCAAGGACGCUCGUUAAUGGUGUCUCUUGGAUACCUUAUGAAGCAACUAGCUGAUGAAUGGAAUAUCUCGGUUCUGGUAACAAAUCAUAUGGUUAGCGGCGGAGGAGGAACAUCGAAGCCUGCCAUGGGGGAGAGUUGGAAAUGCAUUCCACACGUAAAACUUCAGCUUUCUCGGUGCCCAGGCAGCACCAUCUGUAACAUCUCUGUGCUGAAACACACGUCCAUGGUGCUCGCAAUAGCCCGUGAAGCACAUGUCCUGCAUGAACCUAACGAACCAAUUAUGGAACUCUAACCGAACCGUCUUAAAAGAUACUUUAUCAACACACAAUUGAGUAAAAUCAACCGCCUUACUCUCUCCAUUCACUUCUUCUUGUUGACAGCCUUGCGGUCGCUCGGCCGAGUUUGUGAUUCCUAAUUAAAGCAGCUCUCCCUGCUCUGAUAAAAAAAGCCAACAAGACAGCUUUAGCUGGUAAGAGCGAAGAAAAUAUCUCUAUGGGCAGAAAACAGAAGGCUUUCCAGUUUCCACCCAUGCCUUUUUGGCUCUUUGUUUCCAAGCGCUUUUUCUUCCUCGUCGCCUCCGCAAAGUUAGCGGCGAGAAUUUAAAAUGAAAGAGGAGGGCACUUAACCAUUUUUGUCCAUGCCUGUAGGCUGUAGCCCCUAGAUUGCCCCACAAGCCGUCUGCGACGAUAGUCCAUUAAUGGCAUCAUGGCACGUGGCAAGAAGCAUCUCCCACCUGUGGCCAAUUCUAAACGUAAUUUGACGAGAGAUCAACGGUUGGCGUUUCUGAGAAGGUGAGAAGGUAAGGGAAGGAAACUCCUUUUAAAGCUGGAUUGUGGCCGCCUAGAUAUUGUUGGAUGAUGCCCUGCGUGCCGUCGGAUUGUGGGUUCGAGGGAGAUGAAGGGCAGGGAUCAAAUUGCUCCAGAAUUGUGAGCAAGAUGGCAAGCUCUAGUGGAACUCUUUCAUUCACCGCCUCUAUCCGAUAAAAAAAAAUCAAUUGUUUUUGUUCCAGUGAUUGAGGAUUUUGACCUCUACGGCUGUCUGAUUUUUCUAAGUUGGAGAUUUCUUAGAUUUGAAGUAACAUUAUUGUGAAAUUUUCUGUUUUAUUUCUUCUAAAAGUGUAUAUUUAUAUUUUAAUUUUAG